AUGGCAAAAUCUUUUUUUCGUAAUGUUACUGAUCAAAUAACAGGUAGUAGUGGUAAAACGACGGAUGCACAAAUAUUACAAGCUCUUAAUCAUUUCGAAGAUGAACAUUUAAAACUACAGAAAUUUAAGCGUGAAUUUGAUAAAUAUACUCAAGCUAUACUAGUAUUCGACAAUGCAUCAUUCCGCUUUUUUGAUGUUAUUCGUUCACUUACCGAUCCCUCAUGGUCUCAGCAACAAACACUUGAUCAAUUAUGUGUCGAUAUAGGACGUACUCGUAAUGAACAUUUACAACAUUUAAAUAAACAGAUUAUUUCUAAUAUUAAUACAACCUUCGAUAUAUUUGAAAAAAUGAAAGGUCAUAUUGGUGAACAAUGUCGUAUACAACAUGAUUAUGAUAAAACACGUAGACAAUAUCUAGCAAGUAUGAGACGUGAAGAGCAAACCAAAGUCGAUCGUAUAAAAAAUGAAUUAGAUCAUUUGAAAUCUGCAUUAAAUUUAAUAAAUUGUGAAUUGCGUGAUGAUUUAGGCAAAUUCCAUCUUGAUCUUCAAAGUCAUAAUAGAAAAACUGUAAUAGAAUUAUUUGGUAUACAUGGUAAUUUUUAUAAAAAUUCUCAUAAACUAUGUUCAAAUUUUGUUGAAAAACUUCAAGGAAAUCCUUCAACAAAUUCAUCUAAUAAUAAUAGUAAUAAUGAAAAAGAUUUUGAAAAAGAAACACAAUCAUCUACUGACGUUUCUAACAAGAAAAAACCUGAUUGUAUACCAUUUUCACAACCAGAACGAACAGAUUAUAAAAUUUUACAUGAAGCACGUGUUAUACAUGAUUAUGAAGCUGAAAAUGAAGAUGAACUUAAUUUAGUUAAAGAUGAAUAUAUAUCCGUUAUUUCUUUUUACAAUGAAGAAAAUAAUAUACGCGAUAAUGGUUGGGAGUAUGCUGAAAAAUCCGAUGGAACUAUUGGACUUUUCCCGGUUAAUUUUGCUGUACGAUUGUAUGAUAAUGAAAAGAAACAAUAG